AUUAUCCUUUUCACCGUUUUAAUUAAUCUGGAAGAGAUGUUUGCUCUCAGCAUGUCUGCGCAAGCAGAAGCUGUUAACAGCUCGUGACUGCUUCUUCAAAACGUCCGAAGACAGCGCUGAGAGGCUGACCAGCCCCGGAGAAAGUCUCACCUGUACACUCCGUGAACACCGAGCAGGUUUACCCAAAGGCCACAAGCAUGCCCGUCAACGACCCCGAGAGCAUGCUGAGCUACCAGAGGCCAGAUGAGGAGGUGGUAGUAGACCAGGGAGGGACCAGCUCAGUACUGAACAUCCACUAUGAGAAGGAAGAACUAGAAGGCCACAGGACUCUGUUUGUGGGCGUCCGGAUGCCCAGGCAGAGCCAUCGUCACCACAAGGCUCACGGCUCUCGCCACCGCAAGAAAGACAGGAGGGCAGGAAGCAUCGCAACACAACAGAGCGAGGAAAGUGAGACAGCCACCGCCAGUCAUGACACGCCAUCCCAGCGGGUCCAGUUCAUUCUGGGCACAGAGGAGGAUGCUGAACAUGUGGCUCAUGAGCUAUUCACUGAGCUAGAUGAGAUCUGUGUGAAGGAUGGCAAGGAUGCUGAGUGGAAGGAAACAGCCAGGUGGCUGAAGUUUGAGGAGGACGUGGAGGAUGGAGGGGAGAGGUGGAGCAAGCCCUAUGUCGCUACCCUCUCCCUCCACAGCCUGUUUGAGCUCCGCAGUUGCAUCAUCAAUGGCAGCGUGUUGCUUGACAUGCACGCUGACAGCAUAGAAGAGAUUGCAGAUAUGGUGCUGGACCACCAGGAGGCGUCCCAUGAGCUGGACGACAGUGUGAGAGUGAAGGUGCGCGAGGCUCUGCUGAAGAGACACCACCACCAGAACGAGAAGAAGAAGAACCUGAUCCCCAUUGUUCGCUCCAUUGCUGAGGGAACCCGCAAACAGUCAGAGACCCAUCUGACGGGGUCAGCCACAUCUCCCCAGCCUCCGCCAGCUACAGAACCUGCUAAGAACGGUGGCGGACAGGACAGCACCCAGGUGGAUCUCAGCAAGGUGGACAUGCACUUCAUGAAGAAGAUCCCAGAGGGUGCAGAGGCCUCAAAUGUACUGGUGGGAGAACUGGACUUCGUAGAAAGGCCCAUUGUGGCCUUUGUCCGCCUCUCCCCUGCUGUGCUGCUCACUGGACUCACAGAAGUCCCCAUACCUACUAGGUUCCUCUUCAUUCUCCUGGGCCCAGAUGGAAAGGCUCAGCAAUACCACGAAAUUGGACGUUCCAUGGCGACCAUCAUGACAGAUGAAAUCUUCCAUGAUGUAGCCUACAAGGCAAAAGACAAAAGCGACCUGCUGGCUGGGAUAGAUGAAUUUCUGGACCAGGUGACGGUACUGCCACCAGGAGAGUGGGACCCCUCCAUCCGCAUCGAGCCCCCAAAGAGCGUCCCCUCUCAGGAGAAGAGAAAGAUGCCAGGAGUCCCUAAUGGCACAGCCUGCCAGGUAGAGGAAGAACUACAUGCUGAGCACCACGGGCCGGAGCUGCAGAGAACUGGAAGGUUGUUUGGUGGUCUGAUACUGGACAUCAAGAGGAAAGCUCCGUUCUAUUUGAGUGACUUUAAGGAUGGUUUAAGCCUCCAGUGUGUGGCCUCCUUCCUCUUCCUCUACUGUGCCUGCAUGUCUCCUGUCAUCACCUUUGGAGGACUGCUGGGGGAGGCAACAGAAGGACGCAUUAGUGCCAUAGAGUCCUUACUCGGUGCGUCUAUGACUGGAAUAGCCUACUCCGUGUUUGCUGGUCAGCCUCUCACCAUUCUGGGCAGCACAGGUCCUGUGCUGGUUUUUGAGAAAAUCCUCUUCAAAUUCUGCAAGGACUACAACCUGUCCUAUCUGUCGCUGAGGACUUGCAUCGGCUUGUGGACAGCCUUUCUGUGUUUGGUGUUGGUUGCCACUGACGCUAGCUCUCUGGUGUGCUACAUAACUCGGUUCACAGAGGAAGCCUUUGCCGCCCUUAUCUGCCUCAUCUUCAUCUACGAGGCCUUGGAGAAGCUCUUCCACCUCGGAGAACACUACCCCUUCAAUGCACACAGCGAUCUGGACAAGCUCACGCUGGCGUUCUGUCGGUGUGCAGAACCUGAUAACCCCAAUAAUAAAACCUUAGAAAUGUGGAGUGAGAGAAACAUCACAGCCUCUGCUGUACCCUGGUUCAACCUUACAGUCAAGGAGUGUAUCAGUCUACAGGGCCACUUUGUUGGGACGGCAUGUGGCCACCAUGGCCCCUACACCCCAGACGUUCUCUUCUGGUCCACCAUCUUGUUCUUUUCUACCUUCUUCUUGUCUGCCUUCCUCAAACAAUUCAAGACAAGUCGUUAUUUCCCCACCAAGGUGCGGUCCACAAUUAGUGACUUUGCAGUGUUCCUCACCAUUGCUAUCAUGGUUCUGCUUGAUUAUGCCAUUGGAGUGCCCUCCCAGAAGUUGAAGGUGCCCAGCAAGUUCCAGCCAACCAGAGAUGACAGAGGUUGGUUGAUCAGUCCAAUAGGAACCAACCCAUGGUGGACAGUCCUGGCUGCAAGUAUUCCUGCUCUUCUCUGCACCAUCCUCAUCUUCAUGGACCAACAGAUAACUGCCGUCAUCAUCAACCGCAAAGAGCACAAACUGCUGAAGGGCUGUGGGUAUCACCUGGACCUGCUCAUGGUUGGGGUGAUGCUGGCGGUGUGCUCCAUCAUGGGCUUGCCCUGGUUUGUAGCAGCCACGGUGCUGUCCAUCUCUCACGUCAAUAGUCUCAAGCUGGAGUCGGAGAGCUCAGCUCCAGGAGAGCAGCCUCGCUUCCUGGGCAUCAGAGAACAGAGGCUCACUGGCCUGGUCAUCUUCCUGCUGAUGGGCUGCUCCGUAUUCAUGACUGGAGCCCUGCAGUUCAUUCCUAUGCCAGUGCUGUAUGGUGUUUUCCUUUACAUGGGAGUCUCUUCAUUAAAAGGAAUCCAGUUCUUUGACCGUCUGAAAUUGUUUGGCAUGCCGGCAAAGCACCAGCCAGACUUUAUCUACCUGCGCCAUGUCCCCUUGAGGAAGGUGCACCUGUUCACCAUCACCCAGCUCACCUGUCUGGUGCUGCUCUGGGUGAUCAAGACCUCACCUGCUGCUAUCAUCUUCCCUAUGAUGGUGCUGGCUCUAGUUUUCGUCCGCAAACUUCUUGACUGGUGUUUCUCCAAGCGGGAGCUAAGUUACCUGGAUGACUUAAUGCCUGAGUGGAAGAAAAAAAACCUUGAUGAUGCUUCCAAAACAAUAGAAGAGGAAUCACAGGUUAUGCUCAGUACAAAGACGGAAGAUACUGCUGUACAGAUUCCCAUGGAGAGCAGCAAGCCUGUUCAGACCCCCAAAGCACAUGACCCCAGGUGUGACCCCUCUGAUAUUAACAUAUCUGAUGAAAUGUCUAAAACCACCGUGUGGAAAUCCCUCAACUCCAAUCAAAGGGACACUUGUCCUGUGGCUGCUAAGAAGGAUUGAAGGGAUCGCGUUCAUAGAUGAUUAAAGGAGAUCCAUAGUCCUGACAGACUGUAGUUCUGGACCACUGGAUACUGCGAUUUGGCUGCUUUGACAGACAGCCACUUCAGUGCUUAGAGAAACAAGUCUCGAUGAUUUCUACCAGCUACCCGAAUACAUUAUACUGUCCACAAACAUACAAACAAAAAGAAGGUAAUACACUCUCAUGCACAUACAGCAGAUGGACACACACAUGCACUUCUAUCUUUGUGAGGACUAGAAAUUAAUAUUAAUUAUUAUUUUCCAAAAAUUAGAGCCAGUGCUAACCUAAUUCUAACUAUGACCCCUUGACUAUAAACUAGCACCAGCCUCAGCACUGUUAACCAUUUUAACCAGUUAACAAGUGGGAAACCCUGAUCUCAACCGUCAUUGUCUUCUACUUUCAGCUUUCAGCUUUCUACUUAACCAGACAGGGAAGAAUGCCCUUAGUGAUCAGCUCUGGCCCGUUCACAGCCUUUGGCUCAGUUGUGAGGUUGAAUCUUUAAGAUAUUGUAUUAUAUCCUACAGCAGCAUUCACCUGUUUAAAUUCGAUAGUAUUGAAAAGUCUCAGUUUUAAUGACUUUGUGUCUGAUAAUGUCAUCUGGAGACACAACCUGGAGCUGCUCCAUCCACAGUGACACUGACAGCUGCUGGCAGCCAUGGUGACUUCACUAAUAUGGGGCCAUUUUUCACUUCUGAGAGCCAUGCAUUUGUAACUUCUCAGACUGCCUCGCAACACUCAAGUUAGUCAGUCAGCCAGUAAUUCAGUGUCACUGGUCGGCCUCCAGAAAUGUCAGCCAAAAAGUCUGGAUGGUUUGUUUUUAGCUCAUGGGGACACAGCUGCUGUUUGUCUAUAAAUAUCGAUUUUACUGCCUAACAUCAAUGAAACAGCCCAUAGUAAAUUCUCUGGUAGGGUGGAUUUUUCAUUAAAUGCUUGAACUGGCCGUGACCACAGCUGUGAACUGAACCAUAGUAUUGAUAAAAACCAGGGAUAUGCACGGUUGCCAUCAUAUUAGGUAAAAUGAUCUACAACUGAUGACUACAUGAUGCUUACAAUAUUCAGUUUUUGUUGAAACUGUUUCAAAAGUUCUGAGUAAUGUUGGAAGAUUAUUAUUUGUUGAAUUGUAGUGCGUUAUACUAAAGGGUGUUUAUAGACAACUGCAUUAGAUACAAUCUCUGAGAUCUCCAUGUCGUUCUCUUUGCCAGCACCUAUGGUGAUAAGCGUUAAUUGCUGGUGUGUUUUUGGAUCCCACUUUCCAGAGACCAGAAGUGUCACCUCAGUCUGUUGUCAGUUGUCAUCAUCUGUAGUCAUUGCUCUUUUUGACUGAUGAACUUUUCAAGGCAAGCAGAGACUAAAAAAACAAAAAUAGUAGGCCACUUUACUCAUAAGUGAGUUGAAGAACGAGUUUGAUCUCUCCGCUAUCACCGCUUGGGUUUUUUUUUCCAGGAAUGUCACCACAGACACUGAGGUCAUAACAUCAGUUCUUGUGACUGCAAAUGCAAAGGUUUUCAUUACAAGACUUAAUCACCUUUGAUUGUUUUUACCUUUUUAUUAUUAUCAACCAAGCUGACAUUGUGAACUUGUUUACAACACUUUCUUCUUUAUAUCCAUGAUAGAUCAACGUUAACAUUCAUUCUGAGUUUCUGGUCUCCUGAUGGAUGUAAAUCUAAUAUUUACUCUGCUCCGUUGUUGGUCUCAACCAACUCCUGAAAAAGUUGGUCUCUUUAGCUGCUAGAUGGAUUGUCACAGUGUCUGUCAGGUGUUUGCUGCUGAGCAGGUAUGUACAGUCGGUUUUAA